GGAAUGCCAUUGACAUUGACAACCCAGUAUGCGAGGGUAGUGCUAUUGAUCUACUUAGAGAGAUGAUCAAACAGGUUCAAGCAAAGAUCGAAGAGCUUUCUGAUGAAGACAUGUUCCCAAUCAGACUCAAGCUCAACAACUUUACACAUGAAUUAAAUAAACGUUUUAGUAAUAAUCCUUUUGGAUUUGUCAGACUUAUUUGCCAUUGCCUAGAGAGUGAAGAGAGACUGGUCCAAAAUUCCAUGCAAAACACACCUGUAGAAGCUCUGCAAGCACCACCAUGCAACAAAGAUAUUACAGAAAGCAUUACCAACAUAAGAAUGAUGACACAGAAAACAGAAGAAGAUCUGGGCAAUCUGAAACAGAAGCAGGAAAUGUUUGUCUUUCAGUACCAGGAAAAUUUACGCUUUCAGACUCGAUUGAAUCAGCUUGCCUCGUCGCUACCAGAGAGUGAUCCUAGCAGGAGAGCAGAGGAAGUUACCAUACGUAAGAGAAAAACUGAAUUAGAGCAAAUGCUACAGACAGCAGCGCAAGAACUACUCCGAUUAAGAAUGGAUCUGGCUGAGAAGCACAGAACAACAUUGUACAGCUUGAAGAUUCUGCAGAGCAGAGUUCUUGACGAUGAACUGAUCCGCUGGAAGAGACAGCAACAGCUGGCUGGUAUAGGUGGACCUCCAGAGGGUUCCCUUGAUCAACAGCAGUGCUGGUGUGAGGCACUGGCUGAGCUGGUUUGGCAUAACAGGCAACAAGUGAAGAAAGUAGAGCUACUCAGACAACAGCUGCCAAUUCCCGUACCUCCUGGCCAAGAUCUUCUACCAGAGCUUAAUGGCUCCUUCAUGGCCCAACUAUCAACACUUGUUACCAGUACAUUCAUCAUUGAGAAGCAACCCCCUCAGGUUUUGAAGAAAGAGACAAGAUUUUCAGCCUCUGUCAGGUUGUUAGUUGGUGGCAAGCUCAAUGUUCACAUGAAUCCUCCUCAAGUUAAAGCAACCAUCAUCAGUGAAUCUCAAGCCAAGGCUGUACUGGCCAGUGAGACAUCAAAUUGGGAGGAUACAAGUGGAGACAUCUUGAACAACUGUGGUGUAAUGGAGUAUCACAGAGAAACGGGGGUGCUCAAUGUCACUUUCAGAAAUAUGUCAUUGAAGAGAAUCCGUAGAGCAGAUCGAAGGGGGUCUGAGUUUGUGACAGAGGAGAAGUUCACAAUCCUAUUUCAGUCCCAGUUCUCUGUGGCCAGUGGUGAACUUGUCUUUCAAGUUAGAACCAUGUCACUCCCAGUUGUUGUCGUAUCCCAUGGCAACCAGGAAUGUAAUGCUCUUGCCACUAUUCUCUGGGAUAACGCAUUUGGUGAAUCAGGACGAAUCCCAUUUGUGGUGCCAGAUGGUGUUCCUUUCAUAGACAUGGGACGAGCUCUCAACUCCAAGUUUAUGUUGGCUAAUGGGCGUAGCCUGAGCCAGGAAAACCUACUCUAUCUAGCACAGAAAGCUUUCAGUCACCACAAUGUUGGCCAAACAGAGGACUUUUCUAAUGUCUUUAUCACAUGGAGUAUCUUCAACAGGGAUCCUCUACCAAACCGUACCUUCACUUUCUGGCGCUGGUUCCAUGGUGUUCUAGAGCUUACCCGGAAGCACUUGAGAGCAACCUGGAAUGAUGGAUCCAUCAUGGGCUUUGUGUCGCGUAGCAGGGCUCAUGACCUACUCAUGUCUCAACAAGUAGGCAGCUUCUUGCUGCGAUUCAGUGACUCUGAAAUUGGAGGCAUUACCAUAGCUUGGCUGGCAGAAGAUGCCAACACAGGAGAGCGUCAGGUGUACAACCUUCAGCCGUUCACUGGGGAUGAUUUCAACAUUCGUUCUCUGUCUGAUCGCAUCCAUGACUUGAGCCAUUUGACACAUCUCUACCCAGAGAAACCAAAGGACACAGCUUUUGGACAGUAUUACACCAAUGAGCCAGAGGCACCUUCACAGGGUGAUGGUGGCUAUGUACCAACAUCUCUGGUCAGUCAUAUCCCUCACAUGCCUGGAUACAGGGAAGAUGCACCGAAUGUACCAGCUUCUUUGGUCAGUCACAUCCCUCACACACCUGGUGGAUCAGGCAAUCCUCGUAGCCACGAGAUGGGUAACCGUGAACCAUUGUCACCCCCCUCUCAGAACCAAUUAGCUGCCACCGCAAUGGAGGCAAGACAUGAUCCCCAGGAUGAUUUGCAAAUCCUCGAAGACUACGACGACGGCCCCCAAGCCGAUCUCAUGGAGGAUAUUUUUCGGUGGAGCGCAGAAACGUUCAGGCCUGGAGAGUGAAGGUGGAACUGGAAUAGAUUGAGAGAAGGAGAUCCAAGGACCAGAGAUUAAAUCACAGACUUUUGAGACUUUGAAUUUAUUUCAAGUAUAUUUAAAUUCAAAUAAAUUGUAAAAUUGUACUUCAGCUCGUGAUCAUAAUAAUUUCCAAGACCAGUGAAAUUCCAAUGUAAUUUAAUUACUUGGGUACAUGUUUCAUUAAUCAUUGAAAUAAGUUUUGUUUUAGCAAAACCGGCUGGCUGUUGUUAUAUCUAAACAAGGAAAUCGCCCCUUCGUUCCCUCCUAACACACUUAGUCAGGGAAGGGGGAAAACCUGAAAAGUUCACUGAGGGGCCCUGUUUAAUGUUCAAACAUGAAAACAAUCCUAGAGGAUUACCAAAUCCCUUCAGAGCAUGCACAUCCACUAUCAAACGCAUGUAAACCAUAUUUUAUUUCUGAUUGAAAAUCUUUAGCGUUAUUAGUUGACAAUAAUGAAUUGGAACUCUAUAGAGUGUCAUUAAUUCAUUUUCGCGAUAUAUAUUUACAUGCCUCAAUAAACUAUUAAAUGUUUGUUACAUUCUGUCAUAAUUAUCUAAUAACGAUGUGAAUGAAAUUUAAAAAUCAUCUUGUAUGAUCAUCAAUCACUAUAUAAUAAUAUUCAAAUCAAUACUUACCAACGCAUGUGAGUUUUCUCCAACUAAAAUAAAUGGAUUAUCAUGCAAACUUAUGUCAUGUUCGACAUCUGAAGAUUAGCAAACACCGGCUAAAAGAAACAUCACAGCUUUCCUUGCUGGUGAAAUAUAUUGACAGAAUAUUUCUUUAUCAAAUCUGGAAACAUUAUGUCCGCUUCCCUAUACCAGCCUGCUCAAAGCCAUGCCCAACCUAAUGCUUCGGGCGUGGUGGGUCAUGAUCUUUACCUCUUAAUCCUUUUUAAACCCCUGAACACUAUUACUUUCGAUUAUCGUGAAAUCACUAUCAAUUGUAAACAUUAGUAUUUUAAAGCUAAAACAUGUUCAAACCAAUGUCAUUUACAUACGUUGCCACGGUAAGGCAGUCACAAAUAAAUUACUAACAGCAAAUGUGUAUGUCUACCCUGGUAUUCACCUAUCAGACAUGCGAUACACCUGGUUUAACUAUCCAGCAAAUCAUUGAUUUGGUAAAUCAGUAAUAAAAUUUGUCAUAAUUUACAAGCUCCCCAUAAUAAGUUAAAACAAUAAAGGUAAAUAGUUAAUUUUGAAUAACCUCCUGUGACACACGUCAUAGACAGGAGCAUCAUGAAUCCCAUCCACAGAGAGAAGAGGCGAAACGAGAUGAUGAUGACAACGACAGAGAGAGUGUUAUACCUGGUGCUGGUGGUGAUAACGUAGUGGUGCUAGGACAGAUACAUGACACAUUGUGACACAAUGCUCCUCAACAAACUUGAGAACAAAAAAGGCAUUGCUUACUCAAGCAGAGGAUUAACUUUGGAGAUUUCAAUGAGAUGCCAUUUACAUCCAAAUCUUGAUGACAUUUUCAUUCACUGGCCAAUGUUGGUUCUUGUUCAAUUGUAAAUAGAUAUGCUUAUUCUACUAUUGUGUGGUAAAAUGCAUGCAUGAAUUAAAAUUUUGUACAUAUAUGAAAAAUGUUAAUGCUUAUGAUGGAUGAACUCACUACAAUGGUCAUUGUAAGGGCUUGUUCAAGAUGGUGUUACAAAAAGUGCUAUGUGGAUCUGUUGAUAUUUUGCGAUUUAGCAAAAUUCAACUCUUGCAGAUGUGGGUAUAUUUUAGUACUACUAUAAGAAGAUUGAAACAGUAUCUCUGUUUGGUGGAAAAUUAAAAUUAAGGGUGAAUUUGCAGAGCAGGGGUAUUUUUUUUGAUAGAAAUUUCUUCUAAGGUAAUAUGUGAACAUGAUCCCAUUUCAUUUUGUGUACUGACCAAUGUGUGGUAAUAGAGUGGAAUUUGGACAAGACAAAGGUAGAAAAAGUUGUUUGUUUGAAAAGGCAGUAUGUAUUGAACUUGAUAGGUUAGUGGAGAAAGAGUUUCAAAUACUGAUUUAAGUUUUUGAGUCAUAGCUUUACGAUUAAUCUGCCCAUCUUUCUCACUUUUGAAUUCAACCCUUCCAAACCGCCAAAAUUAUUGUCAGGACUUAAAAUGUGGGGAUCUGUAAAUUCCUGGUAUGACUUUCUGAUCUGUUUACAUUAAGUUUGCUUAUUUCAAAUUGAUAGAUGUAUAUUGUCUUGUAAAGCACACAAAUUAUAUGUCUGAAUCACAGUGGAAUUAAUUGAUAUCAUGCUGUAAACUUAAUGGCAUUUCUUGACCUGUUCUUACCUUGUUAAGGAAUUUCAAGCAAUGUAUAUUAAAUGAUAAUCUGACAAUAUUCAUUCUAUGUAACGCAAGCUAAUACCAUCAUGAAAGUUCAUCUGUGUUGGUUGAAGAUAACAAAAAAUCAGCUUUUUAUAACAUCGCGGAGGAAGGCUGCAGUCAAGAGUUCGAAAAUUUUGAGUUAGCUCUCCGAGAUUUUAUUCUUGUGUUAAGAUCAAAAACAUAACUUUAUGUUAUAGACUAAUACCAUUGUGCUCUAUGGUAAGGAGCAUGAGAGGAAAUUCCCCAAAUCAACAUUUUCACUCUUUUUAUUUUGACCUAUCAUAAUAUUUGAUUUUCCACAACAUAGUUUAGAUCUUGACUGAAGUUGCUUAAUAUUGUACUGCAUGUGGGGAUAAUGGAGUCCUAGAUUUUUUUAUUCAUUGUAAAGGAAAUUAUUAGUUCCUUUAAAAAACAUAAAGUAUUAUGCUUACAGAUUCCUUGAUUUGCUUUGAUUUCAGUGAUUCAUUAAUUUAUAUAAUGACCCAAUUUUGAUAUCUGGAGCCAGUUAUAAACUUGUAAGUAUUAUAUUGGAAAAUAUACUAUAACAAAACUUUGGGCUUCUUCCACUCAGCAUCUUUUCUUUAAUUAUUCUGAUGGGGGAUUAAGAAAGCUGAUGUUGUGUCCUUCAUGAGGCAAAGUUUACAAAUUUUCUACUAGCACUAAAUCAGUAUUCAUACAUGUAACUUGGAGCUUUUGUUGAAGGAGAUUCAGUCUUUAACUAUGUAUAAAGUCAGCUGACAAAUGUUUUCAUUCAUCCAGUUCUCCUUGUUUCAAAGUAUUACAGGGUAAUUUUGAUAGUUGCUUGAAAUCGAUGCAAAUUAGAAAAUAGAAUUAGAUGACAUGGAGGGAUACUAUCAAGAAAAUAAUGCUGAAAUGAAUAGUAGAAUGACAAGUUCUUAGGUGGAAUUUUAGGAGGAAAAUAGCUUUUGAUUCAUUUUGAGGAAUAAUACAACAUUGAAAUGUUUGAUUGGGAGGGAUAUUAAGAAGAAAUAGAAAAGAUUUCUACAUAAUUAACAGUGAUAAAAAUGAUAUGAAAAUCUACAUUGAAGUCUUCCCAGUGUUGAUAUUUGAAAAAAAAAAAAAAAAAAAAACCAUGAAAUCAUGUAAAUGUGAAGUUAAGAACCCUCCAAUGCUGCAGUUCAUUGAUAUCAUACAUGAAUAAAGGUUUUUGCAGGUAUUGAAUUUUUGUCAAAACGGUCAGCAUUUCAAAGAAACAAUAGUGUUGUAGA